AUGCUUCAAGCGCUUGGAGGGACUGUGCCCCCGAACACUGACCAUGCCGUCAGUGUAUCGCUCCCUACAUGGAGAUCCAAUAUCGGCUACGAGGAAGGUGAAGACUGGGUUAUGAGCAAGAUGGUAUGCGGCUAUCCACGAUUUUUUGUACACCCUAGCAUCCAGAAACUUGUCCUCGAAAUUGUCCGCCGUGUGGGGGAUCCCGAAACAGAAACGGCGACCCUUUUCGCUUCCUACAAGAGCGCGCGCAUCUGCCAGUCGUUUAUCCUAUCCAAGAUCUCGCCCGACGAAUCACAAAAGGUCAAGAUUGUGAACUUCGUGCCCUCUUCGCGUGCCGAGUCUGGCUCGACUUCCAUUACCUCCACAUUGGUCUCCGUGAUCUACCCGAAAGAGUUCGCCUCCAUUGCCAAGCAGGUGUGGCAGCAUUCCGGCAAUGGCAUAUCGAGUCGACGAGGCGAGUUUUGUCUCCGGGCCCUCGAAGAUGGGUUUUUGGUAGAGGGGAAGAACACGUCUACAUCGGAGUCACUUUCGCAGCGGCCCUGUAAAGGCCCAAGACGGUAUCAGGGAAGGGGUUCUCUAAGUGGUAUUUCACGGAGCCCGUCUACUCCUACUUCUGCUACAGAAGACCUCUCACCCGUGAAUGGUGGUGAGGAUGGCCGCGACUAUGCUCAGUUCAUUGAAGAACGAUUUGGCCGGAACUUGAGCCCCAUGCGCGCGGAUCAAGCCAAACUUGCGGUUCGAAAACGCAUUGCGGGUGUAUUGAUGGCGGAUGUUGAGCUGCCCGAGGCUCUAGAAACAGCCUCGUCCGAAGGCCGAGUCUCUGGUAUUUCAGAGGACGAUGUAUAUCUUUACCCUGCUGGCAUGAGCGCUAUAUUCAACGCCCACCAGACCUUGCUUCACGCACGAGGCUCCUUGAAGAGUAUCUGUUUUGGUUUUCCAUACACCGAUACCCUGAAGAUUCUACAAAAGUGGGGGCCAGGCUGCUUGUUCUAUGGACAUGGCUCAUCGGAAGACCUGGACGAUUUGGAAUCUCGACUGAAAAACGGCGAACGGUUCCUCGGACUUUUCACAGAAGCACCAGGCAACCCUCUUCUCAGAACCCCGGAUCUUGCUCGAAUUCGGUCUCUUGCUGAUAAGUACGAUUUCGCUGUGGUUGUUGAUGAGACCAUCAGCAAUUUCCUCAAUAUCAACGUGCUUCAAUAUGCCGACAUUGUAGCCAGCAGCUUGACGAAAAUCUUCAGUGGAGAUAGCAAUGUGAUGGGUGGAAGUGCAGUGCUCAAUCCUCAUGGACGCCAAUAUAAGCAACUGAAAGACACCUAUACCCGCGACUAUGAAGAUAUCUACUGGGCGGAGGAUGCGGUCUUCCUGGAACGAAACAGCCGAGAUUUUGUCACUAGAAUUGACAAGAUUAAUUCGACAUCUGAAGAUAUCACGGCCAUGCUUAAGGACUCUCCAUUAAUCAAGGAUGUCCACUAUCCCAAAUAUAGUCCAACCAAGCCCCUUUAUGACAGCCUUCGUAACCCCUCGGGUGGUUAUGGCGGUCUCUUUUCCGUCACCUUUCAUUCAACACCGGAAGCCAUAGCCUUCUAUGAUACGCUGGAGGUCCUAAAGGGACCUAGUCUUGGAACCAACUUCACUCUCAGCUCCCCCUACGUUCUUCUUGCCCAUUACGGUGAACUUGACUGGGCGAGAUCUUUCAAUGUCGAUCCUGACCUGGUCAGAAUCAGUGUUGGACUAGAAGAUGUGGCCGAUCUGCGAUCCCGAUUCCAACAGGCUCUGGAUGCAAUUCAAAAGACGAGAGAAUGA